AUGGGCGAAUCUGAGAGCUUUUAUGCAAAUAUAAUCAAUAUGAACAAUGGAUCUGAAACAGCACAAACCCAGGCAAAGAAAGGGAAUAACCCCGUGGUUUGCGAAGGGCUUUCGGGCUCUGCCCGUGAGCAAGAGCCCGGCUGCGGAGCGCGGGCGGCCGCCCCGCACCAGCCCCAGGCAGGCCCGCAGCUCCAAGUCGAAGCAAGUGCCACAACUUGUCGCCGGGUCGGUGGCUGUGCCGGGGCUUCCCAGCACGCUGCGGUGGAGCCCGAAGCCCCACGGGUGUGUGUGUACAUGUGUGCGGGGGGGGGUUCGGCUCUGCACUCGCUGUCCGGGAGCGGCGGCGGCAGGGCAGCGAUGGGGGGGUGCGGGGGUGUCGGUCGGGCAGCGCGGCGAGAGCGGGCGCCCCCCAGCCGUGCCCGCGCCCCGGUGCUGCAUGGCGCUGCUCAGCCUGCCUUGCAGAGGGAGCUCGAGUCCCGCUCUGCGCCUCGCAGCGCCUCUCACUCCGCAGCACACGCCAGCGCAGCGAGGCGGCGGCCGGCGGCAGCGGGACACGCAGCCGCCGCCGCCGCCAUCGCCCUGCGGUCAGCGGCCGGACAGACGGGCCCAGCGGAGGCCCCGGGGCAGCGGGAGCCGGGCCGAGCUCUGCAGAGGUCUGGAAGCAAGAGUCGUUUUGUCCUGCCCUGCAGCUCCCUGCCUGCCCUGACAGAAGGCUGCUUUCCUGCUCCCAUCCCUCUACAGCCAAGGUGCAGCUUACCUCAGAAGGUGCUCUCGUGCUGCAGGCAUGGGGCUAGGCUUUGGCAGGGCAAGGAGGACACCCACAGAGCUGUAUGUGCCAGCUGGGACCCACCACCCCCAUCUCUCGCUGCCUGCAGCGUGAUGCGGUGCUUUGGGAGCAGCACCGUGCUUUGUGCCCCCCAAGGGAGGUGGAAGAAGGCUAAAGUGAGCAGUGAACACGACAAUGAAUACCCCAUGAGACCCUCCCCACAGCUCCUGCCUCCAGCCUGCUGUGCUGACCCCUGAGCAGCAGGGCCCCAAAGAAACAGCCACGCAGCCACCCCAUCACUCAGUAAAGGUCUGGCUUUAUUUCUGGUUUAAAAUCAAAAUUAGUCAUUCUCUGUAAUUACAUUAUAUAUAGAUUUAUAGAGACAUUAUAGAAAAAAGAAGGUUUUUGCCUUUGUUUUUCUGCAAAACAAACAAACAUGUAAAUAAAAAAUAAACCAACCCCACGAAAGGUGGCAGCUUCUGUCCAUCCGGCCCCUCUGAGGCUGCUCCUGCCCCUGCCCCCCACGGCACGGCCCCACGGGGCGGGGAAAGGCUGUGGGCUGGGGCCGCGUCGCACCAGCGCUCCCCUGCAGCCCCAGC